AUGCCUCAGAAAAGUAAUUAUCUAUCUAUCUAUCUAUCUAUCUAUCAUUCUAUCUAUCUAUCUAUCUAUCUGGCUAUUAUCUAUCAUUAUUCAUCUAUUCAUCUAUCUAUCUAUCUAUCUUCAUCUAUCUCAGUCUGUUCAUAUUCAUCUAUCUAUCUAUCUAUCUAUCUAUCUCAGACUGUUCUAUCUAUCUAUCUAUCUAUCUAUCUAUCUAUCUAUGUCAGUCUGUUCGUAUCUAUCUAUCUAUCUAUCUAUCUAUCUAUCUAUCUAUCUAUCUCAGUCUGUUUGCAUUCAUCUAUUCAUCAUCUAUCUAUCUAUCUAUCUAUCUAUCUAUGUCAGUCUGUUCGCAUUCAUUCAUCUAUCUAUCUAUCUAUCUGUAUCUAUCUAUCUCAGUCUGUUCGCAUUAUCUAUCUAUCUAUCUAUCUAUCUAUCUAUCUAUCUAUCUAUCUAUCUCAGUCUAUUCAUAUCUAUCUAUCUAUCUAUCUAUCUAUCUAUCUAUCUAUCUAUCUAUCUCAGUCUAUUCAUAUCUAUCUAUCUAUCUACCUGGCUCUGUCUUGA